AAACAGGAAACGUUACAGAAACGAAAAAUGGGGGACGCUUUCAAGGCAAAGAUGGCUUGCUUUGAAAGCAAUAAGAGCAGUUUGGAGGAGGACAGCUGUGAAGGAGCAGUAGGCGGAGAGCUGUCCGGCUGUGCCCUGGCGAUGAUUGGUGAAUCCCUCCUCAGCCCUUCAGAGAGCCCCGGCACCUUCAUCAGCAGCUCCUCCACGAGCCUUCAGGCCGCCGCCCCCCUUCAGGGCUACGACGUGGAGUUUGACCCGCCGCUGGAGAGUAAAUACGAGUGCCCUAUCUGUCUCAUGGCCUUGAGGAACGCCAUCCAGACACGCUGUGGCCACCGGUUCUGCAAGAGCUGCAUUGAGAAGUCCAUUCGUGACACAGGACAGAGGUGCCCUGUGGACAACGAAAUGCUGUCAGAAGAUCAACUGUUUCCCGAUAACUUUGCCAAAAGGGAGAUUCUGUCGCUAACCGUUCGCUGUCCCAACUCUGGCUGCGCCGACAAAAUGGAGCUCCGACAUUUAGAGAGUCAUUUGGAACAGUGUCAGUUCGCCACGGCGCCUUGCCCACAGUGCCAGCAGUCGGUGAGAAAGAGCCACCUAGAGGAACACACAACUGUGGAGUGCCAAAGAAGACCUGUGUCGUGCCCAGAUUGUGUGGCGUGUUUUGUUUAUGAGGAGAGAGAGCUUCAUGAGCAGCAGUGUCCCUUUGCCAGCGUGAAGUGCCAGUACUGUGAGAUGGACUUCAUCAGAGACCAGAUGGAAUCUCACUGUGAUUCAGAUUGCCCUAAAGCUCCCAUCGCCUGUAACUUCAGCAUCUUUGGAUGUAAAGAAAGGAUGCAGCGCCACAACCUGGCUCAGCACAUGCAGGAGUUCACGCAGAUGCACAUGCGCUACAUGGCAGAGUUUCUGCGCGGCCUCAGCCUCAACGGCGCCACGCCCAAAUCGCUGUUGCCGAUCGGGAUGUCCGUUUCCUCCGACGAUCAGGGAGCGUCGGCAGCGUCGGCGUCGGCGUGCAGUGGACCGAGAGGAGCCGCCAGCUGCAGCAGCAACUGCGCUCCUUGUCAGCCCAGCGAGGAGAUGCAGCGGCUCAGAGAGAUGGACGGACGGCUGGUGAGGCAGGAUCACCAGCUGCGUGAGCUCAUCAUCUUGAAAGAAACACAAGCAGGCCAGCUUGCAGAGCUCAGGCGCAGGGUUUCCAUGCUGGAGGAAACAGUGAAGGAGCUGGAGGCUCAGCAGUGUCACGGCAUCUUCAUCUGGCGCCUCAGAGGGUUCUCUGCCCACCUGAGGAACCAAGAAGCGGGCCUUCCGGUGGUCGAGCACAGCCCCGGCUUCUACACGGGCCAUCCGGGCUACAAGCUGUGCCUGCGCUUGCACCUGCAGACCCCCAACGCCCCCCGCUGCUCCAACUACAUCUCCCUCUUCGUCCACACCAUGCAAGGCGCUUUCGACGGGCAGCUGACCUGGCCGUUUCAAGGGACCAUCCGGCUCACCAUCCUGGACCAGGGCCCCGAGGGUCAGCAUCACAUGGAGGUGAUGGAGACUAAGCCCGACCUGCAGGCGUUCCAGAAACCCACCAUCCAGCGCAACCCCAAAGGCUUCGGCUACGUCACCUUCAUGCACCUGCAUCAGCUGAGUCAGAGGGCUUUCGUUAAGGACGACACGCUGCUUAUCCGCUGCGAGGUGACGCCGCGUUUUGACAGCGUGGUUCACCGCGAGGGUCAAACGGUGCAGCGCAGAGGACCCGAGGCGUCCGUUUCAAGAGACUAAAGUCUAAAUCAUUUCUCCGGAAUCCUCAUCAGGCGAAAAUACAUGAAAUGUUAAGAGAAAAAUGUGUGCUCCCGUUCAUUCACGGUGAGACAGCGCCGCUACUUCCACAUAUCUGGCCUCCUCCAGAGCUGUGCUGUUUCUCCUCUCUUCACUGUCCUCAGUGCCUUAACCGAACGGCAGCGUUUAGGUACGGAUUAUUCUCUCUUUCCUCUCGAGGUGAAUGAACAGAAUCGAAAGAACUUCCUCGUUUAGAAAACCCAAAGUGGAUUAUUUGUGUUGAUUAACCUGAACUGCAUUGAGAAGGUAUUUAAGAAAGACUUCCUUUGUUCUUAAACCUGCUUUUGCUGUAAUGAUUUUUUUUUAAAGUUUUAUUUCCUUGUCAGGGUUUCAGGAAUUCACCUUGUAUCAGACGAGGAGCGAAUUAUUGUCCUGAGUGAAAUACAAGCAGGUACAAACAUUUAAGCAAUCAGCGAGGCCCCGUUCAUUUUGGAGGAGGAAAACUGACGAUAGCAAUCAUUUAAAGUUUGACAAUGGUAGUAUUUAUUCGUUUUCCAACUGUAAGAUCUCAGUUUGUUUUAAUAGAUAUAUAUAUUUACAGCUUUGGAAAUAAUUAUUGUCUGACUGAGCCGUGUUCUCUGCGGUUCCUGGGGUGAGUUAGGCUGCUUUUUAUUUUUCUUUUAAGGAUGUAAUGAUUGGUCGCUUCACUGAUUCCUGUGCUUGUUCAAAAAUCACCGUCUUCUCGUCGUCUUCUAUUCGACAUUUAGUGAUAAUUUAGUUUGAAUGUGCAGCUCGAAACAACUCAAAUUUUAACGGAUGAAAUAUGUACAGUUUUAAUAUAUCACACUGAAUUAUUAUAAAUCCUUUUUAUGUCUUGAAGCAGCAAUUAUUCACCCAACAAAAAAAUCAACGUUAGAAGCAAGUUGUAAAGACAAUCGGUGGUUUAAUGAUUAUUUCCAAAGCUGUACAGCACAACGCUCUCAAUGAAUGUUGGAUUUAUGUCGUCGCCGACGCAGUACCAGCGAUCACGAAAGCCUCGCAUGUUCAAAACGUGUAAAUAGUCAGUGUUUAAUCAGCUCAGCAGACUUAACAUCACUACAAGACUUUGCUCUCUUGUCGUGGUCGUAGGAGACAGCGCUGAAUGUUGACGGUACCCCGAGGAGUUUUUGUCCACUGGUGGCGCUAUUUAGCAGUGUUGUUGUUUUUUAAAAAAAAAUCUCAUUAUCUAGGAGCAGAGAGACAGAGAUUAACAGAAGAUGAAAAGUGCAAACGAGCCAAAAAGCCACAGUUGAUCCGUUCCAUAUGGAAUCACCAAAAAGGAAACUGCUGGAUACCAAAGUGCUUCAAAACACAGAAUUAUUUUCACAGUCAAAAUAUGAGAUGAUGGUAAAAAACAAACAUCAGGAGGAGUUUGUAGUUUUUAUCCUGUGGAGAGUUUCAUUGGGCGAGUGCAAUGGCACCAGGAAGCCUCAGGAGCUUCUUGUCUGUGCCAGGUGAGCAACUUUCAUGAGAAUCAGCUGCAAACUGGAGAAUGUGCAUCAAAAACGAGAUGAACUUCUCUGGUUUCACUGCGUUACACUGGACGUGAAGCAGUCUGUAAAUAUUACGGCUAAAGCUGUAGAGGGGUAGCUGCUUUGGAAAGAAUGCGAGUUUGCACGUUUGUCGGACCUCAAGGAUUCACACGGUUUGUUUUGUUGGGAAACACUGACUGCAACAGUUUGCACAAAAACUCCACGGGGUGCCUCUUAGGAAAGGUCAUUGUGAUGAGUAGCAAAACUCAGCGUGCUGUUCGUAUUCAGUGUUUCAUACCUCUGACUGUACCGCUCGUACGGCAUCACUCUGGCAAAUUUAGCCCCCUUAAAAAAAACCACAUCCUUGUAGACACGGAGGAUGUUCUGCUAACCAGGUUUACAACCGCUGAUUUGUUUUUUUUUUUUAAUGAUCACCGAGUGGCUUUUGUAUUUUUUGUGCCUUUCAGACAAGUUCCUGCUAAAUGUGACUCAUAUUUUUAAAACGUGAAUCAAGCGUUGCCGCUGAAUGUCUAAGCACCAUGCUGCCUGUUAAGCCUUCAUGUGCGUUUCUUAGUCUUCCUUUGCUUCCUGUUUAACGUCGUCUGAUGAUGUCACACUGUGUGCACAGUUAAUGCUAAUGAACGGGUUGUUGUUGUUGUUGUUGUUGUUUGUAGCGUCUGAUUUAUCACCAAUAAAAACAGGCUGGAGUUGAAUCCACUCAAACUCAGCCGCCGUAGCGCAACGUUUAGCGUCUUCUGUUUUUAUGACAGUAAAAAUGAAAAGUGAAACAACCUGCUAAAAACAAAUGAAUGCAGCUUUAUUCAUUUAAAUUAUAUCCCAACAUAUUCUAUC